AUCAGUCGUCAUUCGCGCAGAAAAAUGGAGAAGUGCUGUGAAAAUCGUUUAUUUUCUGCACCGAACCGGCUCGGAUCGGAACGAAAAGUUGUGCAAUAGGAACCGGAAGUGUGGCGGAUCGUUUUGUUUCGGUUUUCGAAAGCGGGAUCCCCCGAAUAAUCCGAUAAAAGUAAAUUCUAGUUUGGAUGCGUCAUAGCCCGUCAGUGGGACCAAAAUAUUUUCGUUUUUGCUUGUGGAGGGACGAGAACGAGUUUUUUGUUUGCUUUGCCGUGGUUGCGGAAAAUUGAACUUUGCUUGCGUGGGUGGGUUUUGGGAAUCAAAACAGAAACGUAGUUUUUCCUCGAUUUAUCAAUGGUUUCGAGUCGACUGGAUUGAAAUGAGACGAACACAGAUUCUGUGAAAUCGGAAAAUUAGUAUCCUGGUCUGUGAGCAUUGUAAAGAAAGAAUUUCCAAGCGAAAUGUUUGGAAAAACGAACGAAACGAAAAAGGAGAGCUUUCUGGAGCAAACAAAAGCUGCCAGGGAAGAACGAGCUAAUGAAAGGGCUUUGGAGGAGAAGCGCGACAGGGCAAUCGUCCUGCUACAGCGAUGCAUUCGCGGAUGGAUGGCCAGAGUGCGGUUCCGACGAAUGAUUCUCGAGGAGUUUGACGACCUUCUUCCACCGGUUACAAAUCCGGCCAAAGAUAUCGAGCUGAAAUCCAGUCUACAAAUCUACCAUGCAGCCUCCCACUUCCUGCUGCUGUGGAAAUCUGCCAACGCAUCUACCAACCCAGCUAACCAGGAUCGGCUAGAGAGACUCUGCAGAUAUCUUAUCGCCAGCUUAGAGUCAGAUUCACCGAAGACGAGCUACAUCGGAGUUGCUCUGAACAAAGACUACAGCCUAGCUUGGAUAAGGCACAUUAAAAAGCUGCUCUUCCGUUGCUGCAACGUUAUUGAGCAGCUGAAACCGGAAGCCCAUAGCGAUAGCGUUUCAUUGGCACUGUAUUUGCACACCCUAGUCGCUUUCACAUCGAUUAACAGUUGGGUACUUUUGAGGAAUAAAUCCCUAGUAGGAUUAAAACCAGGAAUGCUACAACUAUGCAGCAACAUUAUGGGUGAUUUGGUUCAAAAAGGCUUCUACCUUACCCUGAGGAACGUUCUUGUAAAAGGCACCUGCCGAACAGUCAUCACCCUGAAACCGAUCUCACUUACAGCCAUAAUGACGCUUUCUGUGAGACCCCUUAUAUCCAGUAGCUUUAGCGAAAACCUCAUGUCCCAAUUCCUCGUUCAAAUCCUCUCGGUCCCCGGCAUCAUCUUCCAGCUGGAGCAGUUUACACAAGAGUGUCUUAACAAUCUGCAAACGCAUCAUAUCCUAGAAAAAUCCCUGGAUCUCCUCGGUAUCGACGCUUCUAUGAAAUACGUAGUCAAUACUCUCCAAAACAGUCAUAUCCUCGCGCUGCUAGCCAACAUAGUGCAUCUAUACUAUCUGGAACCGCCGGAAAACGCUUCCAAACUGGCUUACCCAACAUUCACCUUUGUCGUAACCCAACUCCUAAAUGGAAUCCUCAGCAGCGUGGGUCACUCCGGUGGUGCUUUUUCCCAGUGGCAUGAACUUCUCGGGUGGUUCACCCCCGGUAAAGAGAGACUUCAAAACGAAAAUCUUUCCCUCAUCAAAAAGCAGAUUCACCUCCUAUGGAACCAUAGAAUUGUUAAACUCCUACUCGGAGAUAAUCUAAAGGAUCUUUCCGUUGGGUACGAAGCCAUCGAGUAUACCAUUCCGAGUGGGCCGUUCAGCACUGGGAAUUUGCUGAAACGAGCGCUGACCUUUGAGAGGAGCUCGAUCAAGGGGGUGGUGGCGUCGACGGGUGGGGAAAAACGAAGUAGCAGCAAGACGUUCCGGAAGAUUGGCUGCGCCGAUAUAUCGCGGGUGGCGCUCACUUGUGCCAUCUAUCAUUCGGCGUUGCAUGCGUUGUCGCAGCUGAGGUUGGAUAUUCUUUCUGGUCUCUGCUACAACGACACCGUUCUGCACGACCUGUGGCUGCUGUUCGGAUCCCUCGGUCCAAGUUGCGGUUUGAAAGGCUUCAUCGAGCUGCUACAGGUCAAUCAGGUCAACUACGAACCCCCGCUGCUGAUGUUAUCCCUCUUUUGCGACUGUAUGACUCAUUACGUGACAAUUCUCGACGACCUGGAAAUGUACGAGCAGCAGUCCCCGUUUAGUCUGAACGACUACAUCGCCCUGUCACACUUUCUGAACACAUUCCUUUACCGAACCAUUCAGGAUCAGAUCUUCGACAUCAAAACCGUCACCAGUGCCCCUCUGUUUGUGUCAAUCCACACGCUACUCCUGUGCCUGUAUCGCCGUGACUGUCGAAGGCAGUUCGCUCCGCAAAACCACUGGCUCAUUCGGGACAUCCGACCCUCACAUUUCCUAACCGACUUGGAGAAGGGGAAGAAGCAUACGCAGAUUUUGUUGCAGAAAAUGCCUCACAUUAUACCGCACGAGGAUCGGGUUCAGUUGUUCCGGAAGUUCGUUCAGAACGAGAAGGCUGUUUUGGGUUUGACCGAGUCAGCUUGUGCUUCCCCUAGUUCCGCACUGGUUACGGUUCAUCGGGAUCGUAUAGUUGAGGAUGGCUAUCGACAGCUGGCAGCACUGCCUCCUCACGCUUUGAAAGGUGUCAUAAGGGUACGUUUCAUCAACCAACAAGGUCUGGACGAGGCAGGAAUCGAUCAGGAUGGUGUGUUUAAAGAAUUCUUGGAAGAAACUAUAAAAAGGGUGUUCGACCCCUCGUUGAAUCUGUUCAAAACUACGACCGAACAGCGGCUGUAUCCUUCGCCGACCUCUCACAUGCAGGAGAAUCAUCUGCAGCUGUUUGAGUUUGUUGGCCGCAUGCUGGGAAAAGCCGUUUAUGAGGGAAUCGUCGUAGAUGUUCCGUUUGCUUCGUUCUUUCUGUCCCAGGUGCUGGGACAGACGCAACAGGCUUUGUACAGCUGCAUGGACGAGCUUCCGUCGUUGGACAAAGAACUUUAUCGAAGUUUAACUUUCAUAAAACACUAUCAGGGCGAUGUGGCCGAUCUCGAUUUGACGUUCAGUGUAGAUGAGGAUGUGAUGGGAAAGAUCGUCACCCAUGAGUUGUACCCUGGAGGGAAGGCACGUGGAGUCAACAAUGAUAACAAAAUCAACUAUAUCCACUAUAUGGCGUAUUUUCGUAUGCACACACAAAUCCGGGAUCAAACUGCCGCCUUUAUUCGAGGCUUUCGCUGUAUUGUCAAUCCAGAUUGGUUGGCCCUCUUUUCGACACCGGAACUGCAACGUCUCAUUUCCGGUGACACGGCUCCGCUGGAUUUGAAGGACCUGCGAAAGCAUACGCAGUACUAUGGGGGCUUCCAUGAUGGCCAUAGGGUCGUGGGUUGGCUGUGGGACAUUCUUGCUAAAGAUUUCAGCGAAGAGGAGAAGAAGCUGUUUCUUAAGUUCGUCACCAGCUGCUCAAAGCCACCGCUACUGGGCUUCGCGCAUCUGGAGCCACCGUUUUCGAUUCGCUGCGUCGAGGUUGGCGACGACGAGGACAUCGGCGAUACGGUGGGAUCGGUCAUUCGGGGUUUCUUCACUAUCCGCAAAAAGGAUCCCCUCAAUCGGCUGCCCACAUCGUCGACCUGUUUCAAUCUGCUGAAGCUUCCCAACUAUCAGAAAAAGAGCAUGCUGCGGGACAAACUCCGGUAUGCCAUUUCCAGCAACACCGGGUUUGAGCUUUCCUAAGAAGGUGGUGUCGUAAAUAUUCGGAAAAAAUGUGCAACGCAAUGGUUUAGCUAGUAGUUGUAGAAAUCCCCGUACUGGUUUGUAUUUUAUUUUUAUAUUGUUUAUGUUUUUGACCGUAUGUUUUAUUUAUUACAAUGACGAGAAGCUGAAAGUAAAACUAUUUUCGGAUCAAAACCAAAUAUUUUGAAAAAAAAAACUGAACAAUAAUCAUGAAAAAUAGAACCGAAAAAGUUUAUUUGAAACGUAUAAUCUUUAGAAAAUUCUUUUUCAACUAGCAGCUCAUAGAACCUCUACCAUAAUAUGUACACUAUAUUUUUCUAUAAGUUUUUGAAUAGUGAAUAAUGAAAAAAGAAACACAGAAAAUAGCAAAUCUUGCAUGAUUAAUGGAGAGAAAAAAAACGCGAAAGUGUUUGUAACUGUGAUAGUAUGAAAUAUUUUUUACCGAGUCAAAUUUUGACACACAAAGAAUGAACAUAUUACGAUGCCUUUAAAGUUGUCUUCUUGUCAAAUUAGCACUCAAAUCUAUGUGAACAAUAUUGGUUACGUUACAUUACGCUAAGUAAUAUGAAUGUAAAUUUGAUAAGAAAACAACUUUAAAAGCUGAUUUUGGCACUUUUGUAGGUAGCGAACAGCCACACACAAACAUUCAAACAUAUACACGUAAACACAUUCAAACGUACUUUCCUUAUUUUCAAGAUGAGAAAUAAGUACAUAAACAGAAAUUCGCUACCAAAAAAAAAGAGCUGUGAAUAAUGAAGUGGUGAGGACAGCGAUAUAAUGUAUUGUAGCGAUACACACAUAAACAGAAAUAUAAGCAUGAUAGUAUUCGAUGUUUAAUGUGAAACAUAACGGCGAGUGUAGAGAGUCUGAAUUUGGUGUUUACUUCCGGCAAUUUAAAAAUUCACCAAGGUGUAUUUUACCAGAUGGUGGUGCUUCGGUGCAAUAAAGUGGACCGUUUUGCGGAAGUUCAAUUGAUAAUAUUCUUAGUUCUGUAGUUUUAGUUUAGCUAUGUACCUCUGUACCUCCCAGUGAUGAUAGGUCGGCCGUCUGUGAGGUUUCAUUAUUUUAUAUCCACUACCACACUAUCCUUAUAUCGUUCGAAGUAAAUUGUAUAGAUGUCCAAACAUGUA